AUGGCCCAACAACGCAUGUCCUUAUGGGCCGCGGAGGACAUAGAUGAAGAGCUUCAAGAUGUUGAUCUGUCACUGGCGAUUGGGAACUAUGGGCAGAACGGCUUUGACGAGGCGCAAAUACCUCCUCAAAUUGAUGAAUCCUCCAUAAUUGCAAUGCAGCAGCAUAUGGCGCAGCAAGCGGCUUUUGCCCAAAUUCCAGAUGUUGUAAAAGCCUUCAUCGUUCAUUUUCAUCAAGCGGUGUUGGACAAUAAUCUGAAUGAGAUCACGAUUGCGUAUGAAAGUGGCUGGAACAAGUAUACAGAGAAGUUCUAUUCGCGGACAGAAUGGCCUGAAGCUGAAAUCAUCGCGCCCCUUGUCAAUGACGAUCCUAUUUUCCUGAUUCUUUAUCGAGAGUUGUAUUACCGACAUGUCUACUCACGCUUGCAGCCCGAUAUUGACGAUCGGUUCCAUUCUUAUGAGAACAGCUGCGAGCUGUUCAAUUAUCUUCUCAAUUCUGACGGUCCCGUCGAACUGGAGCUUCCCGAGCAAUGGCUAUGGGACAUUAUUGACGAGUUCAUCUACCAAUAUCAGGUUUUUUGUACUUGGCGAUCAAAGGUAGCUUCUAAAACGGAUGAAGAACUUGGUAUCCUCGAGGAUGGAGGAGGGGCGAGUUUGUUUGAUGCGUUAUACAUCGUCUGUUCUGACUUUUUCAAGCAGGUGUGGAGCUCUUACAGUGUUUUGAACGUCCUAUAUUCUUUCAUCCAAAAGUCAAAAAUACACCUGUAUAUCGAAGCCACGCAGCAGGGAAAGUCUGUCGAUGAAAUUGCUGAGAUUGUCGGGCCGUACGGUGUACGUCCUCUAUAUCGAAUGCUGGGUUACUUCAGCAUCAUCGGGCUACUUCGUGUCCACGUUCUUCUGGGCGAUUUCACUCUGGCCUUAAAAGUGAUGGACAACGUCGAUCUCAACCAAAAGUCACCGUUCACUCGUGUAACCGCGUGCCACGUAGCCACAUACUACUACGUUGGUUUCUGUUACAUCAUGUUGCGACGGUACCCAGACGCUAUCCGCACAUUUGUGACAAUACUGAACUUCAUCAUGCGGAUGAGGCAAUACCAUACCAGGAGCUAUCAGUAUGAUCAGAUCAACAAAACAGCAGAUAGGAUGUAUGCAUUGUUCGUAAUGUGUAAUGCGCUGUCUCCCAGUCGGCUGGAUGACAACAUUGCCAGUGCUGCUAAAGAACGGUACGGUGACCAGCUUGCCAAGAUGGCCAGAGGAGGUGAAGGUGCUCUGCCUGCGUUCGAAGAGCUUUUCCUCUAUGCAUGUCCAAAAUUCAUUAACGCGACAUCCCCACCGUACGAGGAUCCCAAUGCCAUCGCCCAGAUCCUCCAGGAUUCAUCACCAGAUACCUACGUUGAUCCGGCUCACCGACAGCUACGCCUGUUCUUGUCUGACGUGGUGACUCAGUCCCCUGUUCCAACGCUUAGGAGCUUUUUGAAGCUGUACACCAGUCUUGGCUCUCAAAAGCUGGCCAACUUCCUGGAUGUCGACGAGGAGGAGAUGAUUCAAGAGAUGAUGGUAUUAAAGCAAUGCAGUCGUAGCAUCAGCCGGGUAGGAGGAGAUAAAAACAAUCUACUGGACGGCCAGACUAUCACCACGAGUGAUCUCAACUUUGUCAUCGACGAGAACAUGGUACACAUAGCUGAAUCCACUGUUGGCAGACGAUUCGCUGGCUGGUUCAUCAAGAACACAGAGCGCACUCAACGAAUAUUUGAUGACCUCAAGAAUACCCCGCUUCCUACUCCUCCGAAAGGUGUAACUAGUGUUAGUACUGCCGAUACGUCUACGAAGCAGAGACCAGCUGGGAAGGUUGCUUGGGGUAAUGUUACCUCCAAGCCUUGA